GGAGCCCGCCUCUAUGAUGAAGUUCAAGCCGAACCAGAAGCGGACAUAUGACCGGGAGGGCUUCAAGAAGCGGGCGGCGUGCCUGUGCUUCCGGAGCGAGCAGGAGGACGAGGUGCUGCUGGUGAGUAGCAGUCGGUACCCUGACCAGUGGAUUGUCCCCGGAGGCGGAAUGGAACCCGGGGAGGAGCCUGGAGGCGCCGCCGUGAGGGAGGUUUAUGAAGAGGCUGGAGUCAAAGGAAAACUAGGAAGACUCCUGGGCAUAUUUGAGAACCAAGACCGAAAGCACAGAACAUAUGUUUAUGUUCUCACAGUCACAGAGAUAUUAGAAGAUUGGGAAGAUUCUGUUAAUAUAGGAAGGAAGAGAGAAUGGUUCAAAGUAGAAGAUGCCAUCAAAGUUCUCCAGUGUCAUAAACCUGUACAUGCAGAGUAUCUGGAAAAACUAAAGCUGGGUUGUUCCCCAACCAAUGGAAAUUCCACAGUCCCUCCCCUUCCAGACAAUAGCACCUUGUUUGUAACUGCUGCACAGACCUCCGGGUUGCCAUCCAGUGUAAGAUAGAGAGAACCUGGGGACCUCUUCUCACCCUGGGCAGUCUCAUGGGAAGAGAGGCUUUAUUUUCCUUGGCAAACAUCUGAAUGACGCUUGCAAACUGUCUGAAUUUGCCAUGCAAGGUUUUCAUACAAUUUGCAUGUUUUCAGAUGCUUUCAAAUCUUCUUUUAUAUAUUAAAAAAAAGUGUAAAAUAUUUUAAUAAGCCAAAGCCAUGUGAAUUUUUUCCCCCUUUCUUUUUAAGAUGCCUUAACUGUGCCCCCUCACCCAUGUGUUAUUUUGGUUGGUUUUUUUUCCACAGUAUUUUUUUUUCCACAAUUUUUGUCCAUUUGGCAUCAGUCUGUGCUUUGUCAGACCAGCUUACUAGUGGGUAUAUUCCCCCACACUUCCCAAAUUGCUUUCUCAUUCACAGAAUUAACAAAUAUUCAAUAUUUGUUAUUUGAUGAGAAUAGUAAAAAAAAAAUAUAUUAGUAUUAAAUUUUAUAUCCAU